ACAUAUUAACAUCGCUAGCUUGACUCAGCGGAGACCCAAACGGAGGCAGAGCGGAUCAAUUUAGAGCUACGGUAGUUGAUCGGGAUUAUGCGGCGACACUGAUUACUGCAUCGGUAAGUAUCUGCAGCCUCUGGCACCACCGAACGAGACAAUUAACGGACUGUUCGGCCGCUUUCACGAUUUACCGCAAACCAGCUAGCCUAGCGCCUGUGUUUUUCUCCCUCUCAGACCUCCCCUCUCCCUUUGUUCGCUUGCGCCUUUUUUUUGCUCCGAUGCGGGUUUUGUAAAUACUGGCGCAACAUGGCUGCCGUGUGUUAGGGGGUUUGACCAAUUAUCUCUACACAUAUUUGAGUAUUUCAGUUUGUUCUCGGGAGUGCUGUUUAUGUUAUCCCCAGGUAAUUAAGGAUAGUAAACUGUGACCUCUGCCUGCUCAUUUUCAUCCUCAUCAUCAGCCAAAACAAGCAGCAACUCAUCUCUCCUACAGAGAUAGUCUCAAAGAAACAGUGACUGCAUGCUGUUCUGUUAAUGUGAGCUGUCUGUUUAAACGUAUGAAACCACACGCAGAGUGUGUGGAGAAAAUGCUCACACUGAACAAUGAAAGGCAGAAGAAGCAGGAGGACAGUGUGACAGGUAAACUCAGGGGAGGUCACUUUGUUGUUCUCUUACAUCUGGAUGGUUUGGUUAAUUAUGGAUGAAUGAGUAAUGUUGCUUUAAAACUUUGAUGAGAGACAAGGAUCACAACGCACUCAUAACUCACGAUACAUACACACUGAAGAUGAUGAUAUCACGAUACAGCAAUAAUGGACAAACUGCAAGGCUAUGAUGCACUUCCAUAUGUAAUUAAUAGGAAGAUGGAGAAUUCACUGAACAGGUAAUAUGCAAGAUUAUUGUCAUCAAAUACAGGUAUAGAUAUUUGCUGUCAGCAAUAAUUGAGAAUGAUACACCAUAUUUUGUUCCUCCCUUUACAUCUGUGCAGAUGCUGCUUGUAUUUAUGGCUCUAUAACACUGAAUGUAGACUAUUGAUUAACUUACUGACAUGAUCUGUACAUUAGAAUUUUUAAGUUCUUUUUACAGUCAUUGUUGCCAGUGUCACCAAAACGUUAACAUGAUACUUAUUGAUGUGAUAUGAUUGAAUUUAAUACCAGAUAUGCCCCACAGUAACAAUAUCCUAUCACAAUAAUUUUGAGGUAAUUGAUACAUUGCGUAACAUUCAUGUAAUAAUAUGUAAUAGAUAGGGGUGCAGCUAUUGAAUAUUUUAGUAAUUGAGUAUUCUACCAAAUAUUCCAUCGAUUAAUAGAGUAAUUGGAUAAAACACAAUUUUUUUCAGUUAAAGUGCAGUUAUUAAUUUACAAGAGAAAAUAAGACAUUUAACAUAAUAAUGAACAAUCAAUUAUUUUCCUUUUUUAGAAACAAGGAACGCUGAACAAGCAUGUGUGUUAGCGGAUUGCAAUGCUCGUAAGAAAGCUAAUUAUGAUAUUAACUUUCAUCAUGCGCCUAAAGAUAUUAGCAUCCAGGAGAUGAAUAGCUCCUGUUACCUGCUUCUGCUACGACACUGGCAAUGUUAGGCUGCAAGCUAGCAUGAAGAGGAGUGUGCAGAGCUGCGCUGUCUCCGCCCGUGACUCAGAGACCAAGUGCUAAUGAGCAACUGGAGCUCUGCAGAAGGAAAGCCCCUCUCAUCAUUCAUUUUUUCCCUUCCGCAAAACCAAAACUGCGCUUACCCCUCUUUCUACCAUGGUGACGUAAGCGUGUUGUGUCACCCUGAAAACAAUUUGUGCGAAAUAGGGAUGAUUUGAGCUUAUAAACGAGUACUAGAGGCAGGAAAAAUUCUAUCAUUUUUUGUAAUUGAGGUAUUUGAGGUACUCGAGGAAUUGUUUCAGCCCUAGUGAAAGAGCUAAAUUAUUGUUCUCUACAAUCAUAAAAAUGUCCUCCCUCUCUUUGCUUUGGAAUAGCUUCACCGUUCACCCCAAACAUCUUUCACUUUCAUUUCACCAUAAAUAGCUCAGAUCAAUGAGAAACAAAGUUUGGGAGUACAAGAAAAUUUUGUGUCCCAUUAAAUAUAAUGGUGGCCUGUUGUAUUAUCAACAAGUGCAACAGUGCCACAGCCACAGGUGGCGAGAGUAAAGCAGAGAUAGAAGCAGGAGGAGGAGAGAUGAUAGCAGCGAGAGGAGAAGAGUGAAGACAGGAGAGCCUGAAGAGGAUGAAGGUGGAGAGAGGAGAGCAAGGAGUGGAGCAGGUAGGAGGAGCAGGAGGAGGCAGGUGUAUAUCUGUGUGUAAGACAGAGGGACAGAAUGAGCAUGACCAGAGAGAGACUGUAGUGAUAAUAAGUGUGUAAUUAUGAUUGUGAUAAUGAGUUUUGUUAGAAUCGAGCAGCCCUAACAGAUACAUUUGAUGAACUUAACAAUAAUGAAUUCCCCUGAAGGUCAAAUGUUAGGGAUGUCUCGAUAGGAUAUUGAUAUUGGAUAGCGGUCUGAUAUCAGCCAAAAAACGGAUAUCAGAUUAUAUCGGCCUGCAUCUAAAAUCUCUGAUAUCAGUACUCCGAUACAACAGUCCAUUCCAGACUCGGCUCCGGCACCUCUAUCUAUCAGCGCCUUGAUCCUGCAUGCAGAGCCUAUGUAAUCACAACAACAGUGUGUACUAACGUACUAACAAAGUAGCAAGAAGUGGGAGCGAUGUCGACCGUUUGGCAGUAUUUUUUGUUGAAGUCUGAAAAAGACAUUGCAGCUGAGUGCAAAAUGUGUCAUGCACAAGUUUAAGGUGAUAUCAGGUCAAUAUCGGUGUUGGCCAAUACUGAAGGCCACAAUAUCGGUAUCGUAUCAGAAGUAAAAAAGUUGUGUUGAGACACCCUUGCAUAGCCCUAAUGACUAUUGAACCAUGUUUUUUAUCAUAGCAGUUUUUAAUGCCUAAUGUUCUCACCAGAAUAAACAAGAAUAACUUGGGUCCUAGUACUGAUCCUUGUGGGACACCGCUUGUUAGCUAUAAGAUUGUAACCCCUUUUUUAAGUGACAUUCUUACUAUAAUGUUCUAAUUUCUGCAUAAGUACCUUUUCAUUGGUUUGCAUAAAACAACUACCCAAAAAGACAUUCUAUUUAACACUGUCAGUCAGUUUAAUCACAGAGCCAAUGUUUAAUGUUUGAGUCGCUUUUUUUGUUUUGGUCCAGUUUGAGUCUUCUGCAAAAUUUCCUCCUAUGUCAUGGGUGUUAAAAAGGACAGCUGAGUCUAACCUCAGAUAAAGCAUCGCAGUUUGGGGUCUGGUGAAUCUUCCUGAUCUCUUCUUGACAGCAUCUUAUUGUGCCUGUGUGUCAUGUGACGGUCUGUAGUUCUAGUUGAACAGCUUGGCUUCUCUGUAAACUGGCUUCAAAGCCCAGCAGACAUAACUGAUGUGGCUCCUGAAACACAGAAAGGCAAGUCUGUAGAAAUAUAUCAAUAUAAAGACAGACUUGGAGAGAUGGGCGGAUGAAGCUCUGGUUCUUUUUUUCAGUUUGUGCUGAUAAAAAUCCUUUAAAGCUUUGACGCUAAACUCAGCAAACACAGCGACAUCUGGUGUCUGUAAAACUGAAGACAAAAUUGUGGUUUACUGGAGGAAGCACAGAUGACACUUCAAGUCUGGACCAAAGUCCUAGUGUGGAAUUUGCAGAGGCCAAACAAGGGUCCACAAUGGGCUGUUUUUUGGCUCCAGCAGUAGGGAAAAACUUCAUGUUAACAGGUAGAAACCUUGAGUAGAACCAGACUCAUGGUGGCCAGCCACCUGCAAGGAAUAGAUAUGCCAAGAAGAACAAUCAAGAAUGUAGAAUAAAGGAGAAAGACUGUGCAAAGUUGUAGAUCUUUUACUUAGAUAUACUGUAUGUGGAUGUAUAUGACCCACAUAGUUUGAGCUUGCAAAGUCUGCACCUGACCUUGUUUGCAACUCUUUGAAGGCUGCAGAAGUCUUUUGUAUUUUUCUCCAGUUGCAAAUCUGACAGUGUCACGCCCAUGUUUCUUCUUCUUUAGUUAAUUAGAAGCAUACAGAAAACAGUUUUCAGAUGUUCACUGCCAUUGUCUGGUGGCAGUAUGGCAUCACAACCGGGUGCUGCUAAAAACAGCAGAAAGAUUUGAUUUUCAAAAUGAGAAACGAGUAGCACAAAGAUUUUUAUUAUCAAACUUUGAUAUAAAUGACCCGUUCCUGGUAUUGUCCACCAGUUUUUCAGCAGGCUUUGUCAGUAGAACAGUCUGGUAGAGCUGGGUGGUUAAUCAGAUUUCAAUUUUCCAUAAGAUUGACUGUUUUUUAUGAUCAUAAAAAAUCAUAAUUUAGCAUAAGCCAUGUUGUCCAUCUGCUGUGUUUUGCACAUUAUGAAGUGCUCCUUAACAUGUUGUGUAACAGUGGUACAAAGUAUCAGGUAGCUACAGGAGGAGAGAGGAAAGCAGGGAGAGGAGCAGGAAGAAGAGAGGAGGGCAGGGAGAGGAGUAAGAGGAAGAGAGGAGAGCAGGGAGAGGAGCAGGAGGAAGAGAGGAGAGCAGGGAGAGGAGCAGGAGGAGAGAGGAGAGCAGGGAAAGGAGCAGGAGGAAGAGAGGAGAACAGGGAAAGGAGCAGGAGGAAGAGAGGAGAACAGGGAAAGGAGCAGGAGGAAGAGAGGAGAACAGGGAGAGAAGCAGGAGGAGAGCAGGGAGAGGAGCAGGAGGAGAGAGGAGAGCAGGGAAAGGAGCAGGAGGAAGAGAGGAGAGCGGGGAGAGGAGCAGGAGGAAGAGAGGAGAGCAGGGAAAGGAGCAGGAGGAAGAGAGGAGAACAGGGAAAGGAGCAGGAGGAAGAGAGGAGAACAGGGAGAGAAGCAGGAGGAGAGCAGGGAGAGGAGCAGGAGGAGAGAGGAGAGCAGGGAAAGGAGCAGGAGGAAGAGAGGAGAGCGGGGAGAGGAGCAGGAGGAAGAGAGGAGAGCAGGGAAAGGAGCAGGAGGAAGAGAGGAGAACAGGGAAAGGAGCAGGAGGUAGAGAGGAGAACAGGGAGAGAAGCAGGAGGAGAGCAGGGAGAGAGCAGGAGGAGAGAGGAGAGCAGGGAAAGGAGCAGGAGGAAGAGAGGAGAGCGGGGAGAGGAGCAGGAGGAAGAGAGGAGAGCAGGGAGAGGAGCAGGAGGAAGAGAGGAGAACAGGGAAAGGAGCAGGAGGAAGAGAGGAGAGCGGGGAGAGGAGCAGGAGGAAGAGAGGAGAGCAGGGAAAGGAGCAGGAGGAAGAGAGGAGAACAGGGAAAGGAGCAGGAGGAAGAGAGGAGAACAGGGAGAGAAGCAGGAGGAGAGAGGAGAGCAGGGAGAGGAGCAGGAGGAGAGAGGAGAGCAGGGAAAGGAGCAGGAGGAAGAGAGGAGAGCGGGGAGAGGAGCAGGAGGAAGAGAGGAGAGCAGGGAAAGGAGCAGGAGGAAGAGAGGAGAACAGGGAAAGGAGCAGGAGGUAGAGAGGAGAACAGGGAGAGAAGCAGGAGGAGAGCAGGGAGAGAAGCAGGAGGAGAGAGGAGAGCAGUAGAGUGUUACUCUACUGUGUGAGUAAAUCUGACACAGUUUUGUCCUUGUAGUGGUGGGACUGCUAAAAAAAGCAGCCUCUGUUAAUUUUAGGGUCCUUUUAACGAUCACUUUUUCAGCCUCUGUCCUGGACUUUAAUCCCUCACAUCAGAUGUGUACCUCCUGCUGGGUCCCUGGCUUCAAUCUCCUCUCUUGUGUCCCCCUUAGUUUGGUCGAUACUGGUCUGAUCCUGGUCUGAUCAGAGCCUGUGCUGCUGCCUGGUUGUGUUACUGCAGCGCUGCAUGUGUGUCAGGGUCUGCGGUUCAGCAGUUAGUUUUGCAGUUGUGCUCGUUUUCAUGCAGCGUGCAGCUCCAAACAGCCCCCUCUGUUUAUCGCUGAUUUUAUCACCAAGAAGACAUUAUCUGCAGAACAACAGGAGGAGUGUGUUCCUGUGUGUUUUAGAGGGAAGCAUCCUGUGAAUAUCUUUUGUGUAGUCUCUCAGCAGUGCUCAGUGUGUGUGUUUGACCUUGUGAUACAGAAUAUGUCUGUGAUUAUCAGGGAUUUUAUCCUCUACUGCUGCUGCUGCUGACGUUUAUCCUGGUUUUCAUGGACAGUUUGUUGUUUCUGUGCCUCCUUGUGCUUUUUAAUGAUGUGCAAAAUCACUUUUUAUACCAUUUACAGUCAGAGAGUGGUUAAGUUAAUCAAUGUAAUUGUAAACAAGAGCUGGUUGUAAAAAUCUCUUUAUAAAGUCAGAAAAGGGAUCCUGCUUUUGAAUAUCUUAGACACCAGAGCAGCUGUUUUCAGUAAAGCACUGCUGCAAAUAUUCAAGCAAUAGAUAAUUCAUCAACAUAAGGGAGGUAGCUUUAGCCUUUGCUUGAUUCUCUCUGCAAAAUCACCACAAAAGGGCUGUUCCCAGCUGGGAUUUUGACCUUUGACCUCUGAUCCGUGACCUGUGCUUGUGAUGGAGGGAGUUAAAUGCCUUUGUAAAACAAUGAUCAGGUUUUUCGUGCAGCUCAAACCAGGAAAAGAUUAAAAUUCACCCCGGUGCCGACCAAGAUCAGUUAAACAUUUGCAAACUCAGAGUAAAACUUCUGAGGAUGAAUUUAAGUGCAGUCAUGGGGAAUGGAUGUAAAGAUGGUCAGCUUCUGAGGGACGAAUGAAAAGAAACCACUCACUAACAAUUAGCUCAUUAGAGGUGUAACGAAUGGACUCAGACUCUGUAAUUAACCCAUAGUUAUGUCAGUUGAACCCUGAGAAAGCCCUCAGUAAAGAGGUGAUGCCUCUGAUAAGUGGUUUUUAUACAGUGAGCUUCAAGGGCAUGUGAGUGCACAGUCAGCAAAGGGAUACAGUGGUCACAAUACAGUACUGUUAUCCUAACUAAAUCAUGAUACUUACUAUCAUGAUAUAAUGUCAUCACAAUAUGAUCAUACAAAGAUACUAAUGAUCACAGUAUGGUAUCAGGAUAUGAAAUUGUCCCAAGAUGAUGAUAAUAAUACACUGUAAUCAGGCUGCAGUUUCCUAGACAUACAACACUAUCAUACAUUGAUAUUAUCAUGAUAUAUCACAAUAUGAUUGUACAAUACCAUCACAAUAUCAUAUUACCAGCAGUGUUUCCCACCAGAUGGGAAUCUAUGUCAAUAUAUGUUAUUUUGACAUUUCGGUGUGCAAGGACAUCAUCACGAAACGACAAAGGAAAUUAACAUAUUUUUUGGGUGCAGAGAAAACAUUAAUGUGUGUAUCUGCCACAAACAGGAAAUAAAACUGUUUUAAAUCAGCCAGUCUAGUAUUAAAUAUGUGAGUUUCAUGUUUGUAUCUCUUGUCCUCCCCCUCCAGGUUGAACGCACUGUGUCCUCAGUGAGUCCAGCAGCUGUGACGUCACCCAAGUCUCCAGGCUUUAGUCUGUCUCCGGCCUGUAUGCAGCCUGUCCAGGGCCCGGCCUAAUCCCUGGUCCUCCUUCUUUCCCACCACCUCCUCCCUCCUUUCCCUACCCUCCUCCCCCUGCCCCCACCCCUCUGCCCUCAACCCCUACCCCCACCCCAUAACCCCAAACCCAGUGUCACACACAUUGACAACCAGCACUUAAUCCAAACCGGCAGCCUGGCUGGCUAGCCUCCUCAGGUGGAUGAAUGAAGACUCCAUUCAAGAGCCCAGCGGCCCCUCGGCCCCGAGCCGACGGGGGUGAGUCACUGAACAGCAGACACAAUUAACACACAUACACUACAGGCCAAAGGUUUGAAAGCAAGGCCAUUACAGGCCGAACAGUUGGGAGUAACUUCAAGUUUUUGUUCACAAUGCUUUCUUUAAAAUCCAGCAUGAGUUUUAUGUAUUUUGGGAUGUAUUUACUCCAUGAUCAGAUGCUGCUUUCAUGGAAAUGCACCAUUUUACUCCAUUUACCUUCAGAUAUACAUUGAUGUUAACAGACCAUUGCUAAAUAUAUGUCAGCAAAAGAUAAUAAGGGCUUAGUUUUAGGGUUGAAAACAUUUGCAAGAGUCACAACUUCAGUGCAAAAGCUAAAAAACAAAUCACAGUUGAAUUAUUCACUUUAACUUUUUGGCUUUUGAGAGUCUGCAUACAAAAAUCCUAAUAAAUCUCAACUGCAUUUACACUACCGCAAAAAUGGCUAGAAAGAAGCAACUGAGUAAAGCAGGCAUGUCCAAACUAUUCCACAAAGGGCUGGUGUGGCUGCAGGUUUGUCUUCCAACCAAUCAAGAGCAUGCAGUCUGACCAAUCAGCUCUCUGCAGACUGAGAUCAGCUGAUGAAAUAAAUCAAAUCUGGUGUGCUGCUGCUUGGUUGGAAGAAAAACCUGCAGCCACACCGUCCUUUUGUGAAAUAGUUUGGACAUGCCUGGAGUAAAGAAACAAAAGUACAUAUUUGUACACUGAGGAAAGAAGGAUACACAGAAAGAGAAAUUGCAAAAUGCCUAAAGGUGUUUAACAAAGGAGUCCACUACACUCGGAAGAGACUAGAGGAACCUGGAAGUUAUGAUGAUAGAAAAAGAUCUGGACGAAAGAAAGUUACUACAAAAGCAGAGGAUAAACAUAGCAUCGUCACCAGUAAGAGACAGCACCAAAAAUAAGGGAGGAAAUCAACAUGACAAGGUCGAAACCCAUAUCUCUGACAACCGUGAAAUGACGUUUGAGAAAGGCUGGUCUGAAGGGUUGUGUGUCUGCAAAAAAACACUACUUCGUCCAUAGAACAAGAAAAAGAGAUAUGAGUGGGCAAAAGCUCACAAAAAUUGGACUUAUGAUGACUAGAAACAAGUUUGCACUGUUUGGUUCAAAACGCAGAGUCUAUGUUCGCAGGCAAACUGGUGAACGUCUGAAAGCGCCAUGUGUUACACCCACAAUUCAGCAUGGAGGUGGUAGUUCCAUGGUAUGGGAAUGUUUUGCAGGUGAUGGAGUAGGAGAUUUGUUCAAAGUAAAGGGUAUCAUGAAGAAGGAACAGUACCACUCCAUCCUCCAGCACCAUGCUGUUCCAUCUAGACUCAGACUUGUGGCUCAUAAGUUUGUUUUGCAGCAAGACAAUGACCCUAAGCACUCUGCCAAGCUCUGUCAGGGUUACCUAGACAAAAAAGAAAAGGAAGGUGUUCUUCAAAAGAUGGUUUGGCCCCCUCAGUCUCCAGACCUUUCUCCAAUUGAGCUUGUGCGGGAUGAAUUGGAUCGAUCGGUCAGAAAAACGCGUCCCACGAAUCAGCAGUCUCUUUUUAAUAAACUUAAGAAAGCUUGGAAUGCAAUCCCUGGAACAUACCUUAGAAAACUUGUGGAACGAAUGCCUGGUAUAUGCAAAGCUGUUGUUAAAGCCAGAGGAGGUUACUUCAGAGAAAGCAAAGUCUAAGCAACAAUAACUCAAAUACCUAAUAAUUAGGUAUAAUUAGGUAUCUUUUUUGCACAAAUCUGAUAUUGCUUCCAAACUUUUGGCCUGUAGUGUACAUGAUUAAAGAUGGAGGACCCUGGGGUGAUAUUAUGAGUUUGUUAUUUCUCACAAUGAAACACUUCCUGUUGUUCUCCUGACUCAAUAAGCUCUCAUAUCUGACAAUCCUUAAACACACCAUCUCUUUCAGUGAUAAAUGCUCCAUGUUUGUGUUUCAGGACAUUCAGGCGUCUCUGCAAACAUGAUGAAGAAGAAGAACACACACAAGUAAGUCUUAUGAAUGCCCACUGACACAAAAAAAUACCAGAACUCAGUUUUGAUAACCAUGAACCUCCUUUACUUCCUUUUACAAGCACACCGCCAGAUCCAAAUAAGUCUGGACAGCAUUUCAAAUGUUGUUUAAAACAGACUUUGGUUCAUCUAAUUAGUUUUACCAGUCCAAAAUCUUAGUAUCAAAUGUUGAAAUUAAAACAUCUCGUUGUUCUAUAAAAAGUAUGAAUUUAUUAACAUCAAUGUCAACAGCAAAUUUUGAAAAGUCUGGACAGGGGGUCUUUUUCAUUGUGUUGCAGUACCUCCUUUUUUAAAGUCCCACUCAGAUCGUUUUUUUUUUCUCUACUUAACAUGUUCUCAGUGGUCUUAAAAUUGUGAUUAUGAAGUUUAUAGCUAAAAUCAUGUUACCUGUGUCAUUUUCGAGUGCUUUUCCUCUACAGAGCUCCAGUAGCUCAUUAACAAUUCUCCUCUGAGUCCUGGGCGGAGACAGUGCUGCUCUGCACACUCCUCUUCACGCUAGCUUGCAGCCUAACAUUGUCAGUGUAGUAGAAAUGGCAGGUAAUAUAGAAUAACUUGAACACUAAUGUCUUUUGUGACAUGAUAAAAGUUAAUUUCAUAAUUAGCUUUCUUACGAGCAUUGCAAUCUGCUAACGCACAUGGUUGUUCCGUGACCGUCCUUCCUAUUUCUUUUAGUCUGGCCUGCAUAGUGGGGCUCUGGGGCAGCGCUUGGAUUUGUGAUGUAGGAAAUUACACUGUGUCUGAGUCUGUUGUUUUGGUCUGCCAGAGAUUCACAGCGAUUUAAAUGCAGAAAUACACAGAAAUGAACAUGUAGACAACAAGAAAAGCGUGAUUUUCAUCGGAGUGGGUCUGUAACAAGACUAUAAACAUUUAGGGACCCAGCUGACCAGUUUCUGGCGUUUGGAAAGUGAAAUGUUGUCCAUUUCUCGCUUGCUCAACAGUUCAUGUUGCCCCACUUUUUCAAGCUGAGACUGCAGACAGAGCGGAGGACACAGUGUCCAUGAUUUCCAUAAAGAAUGUUUAAUUUUAAAUCCUAGGAUAUGAGGACGAUCCUCCUCUCCUAAAUGGGCCCAGAAAAUUACAAGAGUUUCUAGAUGGACAUGAGGAAGUGGUUGACCAACCUCUCCUCUGUUUGAUUUAUCGAUAUGUUCUUCUCUCUCUCUCUAUCUACUGCUUUUCUUUGAUUUAUCCUCUCUUCAUCUUUUAAUAUCUUUAUCAUCAUCGUCAUUGUCUCCUCUUGUUCCUGUUGUCCCUGCAGAAAACAGAAGACCAGUGUUGGUCCCAGUAAGACUCUGGCUCAGCCCAGAAGGAACAUCGUGGGUUGCAGGAUCCAGCACAUCUGGAAGGAGGGCAGUAAGUUGGAUUUGAAUGAAUCUUUGAAUGACUGACAGCAAAUGUUUGAAGCCAGAAUCCUGCAGUUUUCAGGAGCAUUAGCAAAGCAGACAAGCUCUUUUUGUUUCCCCGUUCAGCUGACUCAGCUGUGUCUGUAUCUUCUCAGGUAAGUCUUCCCAGUGGAAAGGGACGGUCCUGGACCAGGUCCCUGUCAACCCCUCCCUCUACUUGAUCAAAUAUGAUGGCUUCGACUGCAUCUAUGGUCUGGAGCUGUACAGUGAUGAGCGGGUGGUGGGGCUGGAGGUCCUACCUGACAGAGUGGGUAUGUAGACAAACAGGACUGUCCCACAGUCAGAAAUAAAGACAAACAGGGUGAAAUAUUGACAGAUUUGAAGGAAGUCUUAGUUUGAGCUUUGCAAAGCAAAUAACUUUUAAAAGACUUGUUGUCUAAAUGGAGUUCAAAUCUUCUAUUUCACACGCUUUCUCAGGAUCCCUGAAGAAUCUAGACACUUAGAGGCUAUCUUCGCAUAUAGUCAAGCCGACCAGUGUUAGGCUUGUUCAGGUUAAAGCGGUAUUUUAGUGUUUCUGGGGUGGUUUUAUGAGUAACAUGUCAUGAAGGCCAGGCAGCUCAACCCUUCUAAUGAGAGACUGCGGGGGAACCAGUCCACAAAUAAUGCAGAAACAAACAGGCUUUCAGAUAGUAAAGAACAGUGCUGAAAAGUUUCUCAGUAGAGUGCACACUUUGACUGUGAUGAGUGCUUGAGUCCAUUAGCUGGAUUGCAUGGCAGAGUUGACCCCGUCUGCAGGAAACUGUAGCCUAGCAUGUGUCCUGUUUCCUCCUGGCAGUUUCAUUAAAGGGGCAGAAUUGACUGGCGUUAAUUGUGGCUAAAACACUUAGUCGUAAAAUGUAACUCAUACAACCCCACUUCAAAAAUACUGAAAUAUCCCUUUAAUUUUAGCUGUGUGUGUAGAUGUAUUUUAAAGAGAGUCAGACCCUUAAUACACAGUCAAAAAUCAGACUUGGCUAACAUGAUAGACAAAGAGAGGACAGCAUUCAGGACUCAAAGGAUUCUCUUCAGUCCAGAUAAACUGUUAAUAAGAAGAUAACCAGAUUAAUAAUCACUGAACAAACUAACAGCUGUGCUGUGAUUGGUCCAGCUCCGGCCCGUGUGAGCGACUCCAUGCUGGCAGAGACGAUGAUCGGGAAGGCAGUGGAGCACAUGUUUGAGACAGAGGACGGGCCGAAGGAGGAGUGGAGGGGGAUGGUGCUGGCUCGAGCUCCCAUCAUGACCUCCUGGUUCUACAUCACCUACGAGAAGGACCCGGUGCUCUACAUGUACCAGCUGCUGGACGACUACAAGGAGGGAGACCUCCGCAUCAUGCCUGACUCCAGUGAGUAAACAAACAGGCUGGAACGGUGUUGUUAGACCAGAUAGACCGAGGUUUAGUCCAGCCUCUCCUUUGGGCACAUUUGAAUGAAGUGAAUUAUAUCUGUUAUUUAUACGUCCACUUCCACCUGUUUGUUUGUUUGUGACUCUGUAGAUGACAGCGUGACGGCGGAGCGAGAACCUGGCGAGGUGGUGGACAGUCUGGUGGGUAAACAGGUGGAGUACGCCAAAGAGGACGGCGGGAAACGGUCGGGGAUGGUGAUCCACCAGGUGGAGGCCAAACCGUCUGUCUACUUCAUCAAGUUUGAUGACGACUUCCACAUCUACGUCUACGACCUGGUCAAGACCUCCUAAGACCUGAAGACCUGGUCUGGGGCCUGAAAAAGACUUACUGAGACCUGCCUGGACCCAGUGACAUCCACUACACCCCCCUCUAUCCACCAGUGAAGAAGACCUACAGAUGAAGCAUCCUUACUUUCCAUAAUCUAUGGGAACGCCUAGUACGGACGAUUUCUACUGUUCUGUUCAUGAAACGUCUUAAAACACUAAAAGAUCCAGAUCACAGAAACCCAGAUCCCCAAAGGUGUUUCAGAUCAUUUUCUCUCAUUUGUAAAUUUUAUUUGGAUUUCUUUCAUUUCAUCUAAGGAAACUGAUUCCAGUGACCCCCCAAAGAAAACCAGCAAUUUUAGAUAUUUGGAAUAUCUAAAGAUCUGCAUUCAGUUUUGGAGCAUCUGUGGCAAAAAUUAACCAAAACUGUUUAAAAAAAAUUGUUUAGUUUGAAAAACUCAAGUCCUGCAAACUGAGGCAUUCGAGAUCAUGCUCCUCACACUAUUCUGGACCAAACUCUGAGGUCUUCUGACACCAUUAUGCUUCAUUUCAGGGUCAAAGCUGCUCGUGGAACAGAGAGACCCCCCCCCCUUUCCUGAAACCCUCAUAAGAAAUUAUUUUUUUAAAUAUUUGUGCCAAAAAAGUUUCAGAAAAGUUUUUUGGGGGAUUUUAUUUGACAUGGGAAUUCGUUAACGCUACAGAUACAGUGUUGGAAGUUAAUUCUCCUCUUAUUUAGAUGAUAUGUUUAUGGUAACACUCCUCUUUAACCCUCUUAUUUAAACCCUUGUUAAAAACUUAUUGUAACUUAGUUGUGGUGGCAUUUCUAAAGUAACUGUGGUCAAAUAUUAGCCUCCACUCAUAUGACUUGAAGUCAGAUACUUGUACCUGCUGUAAAACUACUCAUAAAAGUCAUUCAAACUGUCUUUUAAUGCUUUAAAAUAUUAAAGGGAUAUUACAGCGUAAAUUUAGGCUAUGGUCUAACAUACCAUAACAUUGAGUUAGACACCCUCUCGAGAGAUGAAUGUUGCCGACUGCUUGCUUCUCUAGUUAUACCAACUUAAGCAACGACCACAGAUAGCAAUACUCAGGGGUCUACACCUCCACGCAAAAACCUCAACCAAAAAGCCACUCUGUAGCCACAAGUAAUGCUCAGAACAGCAACUAACUUCAUCAACAGUACAUAAAGGGUCCCAGCCGUAGUACUUGCCAUCAAACAUCUUUUUAGCUUUGCCUAAUUUCUUUAGGAAAGAGACCAAACACAACUCACCCACUCUCCUCCAGCAGCCACUUUUUUGUGGGGGAGCCCUGAUGACUUGAUCAGAGUUUUGCAGCUCAAGGAAGAACAUUUAUGAUCAUUACUUCAGGGAAAUGCGGGGAAAUCAGACUGAGACGCUAAGGCCGAAGAACUACAGCUUCUGCACUGCAAAAUGAUUAUUAUUAUGACAAAUACUUCAUAGAAAAGAUCUGCCACACUCAGUGAUCGACUCAUCAGGGCUCCCCCACAAACAAGCAGCUUCUGGAGGAGAGUGGGUGAGUUGUGUUUAGUCUCUAUGCUAAAGAAAUCAGGCAAAGCUAAAAAGAUGUUUGAUGACUAGUACUAUGGCUGGGACCCUACAUGUACUGUUGAUGAAGUUAGGUUCUGUUCUGAGCAUUAUUUGUGGCUAUAGAGUGGCUUUUUGGUUGAGGUUCGUUUAUGGCUCCUCAGACCGCUGUGUAUUGCUAUUGUGUGGUCGUUACUAAAGUUGGUAUAAAUAGAAAAGCAAGCAGCCGACAACAUUCGUCUCUCAAGGGGGUGUCUUACUUGCUGUUAUGGUGUACUGUGUUUGACCAUACCUGAAAUUUACGCUGGAAUAUCCCUUUAAAUAAGGGGGUUAAAAUGUUGAGUCAAACCGUUAGCAUGCUCCUGCUCUUGUCUGAGCUACACUGAGUGCUGUUCUCUUAUUGGUUCAACCUACAUUUGGCUCUUUAGCAGGUUUGUUUUGGACCUCCAUCUGUGCGUAUAUGAUAUAAAGUUUUAAUCUUUCCCCUCUGUUCACUCCUCUCUUAUUUUUGUAACAGCGUUUUGUAUAGUUUCCUUUUUGUUGAUAUGUUUAUACAGUGGACUCAAAUCGCCUUUUUCUUUGUAUAUGAUCUCUUCUUUGUUUCUGCUCAGUCCCUUGUUAUUCUGUGGAUACUGUAUAUAACCUAGUUAGCUGUCAGAAGCUCUUGUUUCCUGGUUUAAAAAUUCAAAUUUCAUCUGAAUUUGCUGAACAUUUAAUCCUUCGUGGCGCUCCAAUCAGUAUGGUGAGAGCAGGAUUAUUUUUGUUCUUAAGCCGUUUGCUGUUUGACAAAUCUUUUCAUUCCUUUAUGGAAAUGAUGUUUUUCACUCAGGAUUGGGGUUAAACUUCCUCACAACGUCCAUCUUUUUCCCUUUUUUUAAAACGAGAUACUUUGUCAUGCAUUUCAUCUUUCACCCCCCCCAAACUCUUUAGCACAUGUAGCUCCACCUACAUCUGUUGGCGUGUAAACAUCACUACAAGUGACAUUACCGUUAGCAUAAACAGCCAUGUUGCCUGAUUCACGUCAUAUGUGCCUAAAGGGACUCAGAUCACACCAAAUGUUAGGAAAAGGGUAAAAAGUUCCUGUUCCAGUUUGUUCUCAUUCAGGAUCCAGCCUCUUAAAAAUCUGGAAAACUCUGUGUUUACUUUUUUUUUUUGCCCCAGAAUAUUUUUUUCACAUUUUCAGAUUUUUUUGUUAUUCUGCUUCUAAAUUCUAGAAUUUAAGACCCCCUACAAUUCCAGGAUCUGCCGUUCUAGAAGCUGCUGUUCUGGAAUACUGUUCCAGAAUCUGUUGUUCUAGAAUUUGCUGUGCUAUGAUCUGUUCUUUAAUGUUCUAUCGGAAUAUUUAACCCUUUCAUGUCUUGAUUUUAGAACACCUAGACUCUGGAAUGAGUAAGCCUUUUCUGUGGAACCCAUGAGAUGAUGUCAUGGAACCUACACUUUCUCGACACUCAUGAAAUCUACCAUUUGAUUCUCUGAAAAGGGCAACAUGAUUAGAUCCCUCCCAUCUUGACUGACAAACAUACUUGCGCAGUUUCUGACAAAACUCAAUUAAGACUUUGAGAAGAACAUUCGAUCACGCAUUUUCAUCUCUGGUUCUAGACUGUGUUAACUGUUAAAGUCUACACAGAGGUCACAAAUACUAACCCUGUGGUCUCAGCAUCAUAAGUCUGAUUUCUCCAUGUUGAAACAGUCUUUUUUUUUGUGGAGCUCGGUGUCAACCUCAACAAAACUGUGAGAAUCUAGAAUCCCUAAAAUAUAGCAAGGAUUUCUCUUGACUUCUCCAGACUUCUGUUUGAGUCCAAACAGUCCCAGAGCAAAACUGGAAGGCUGAGUUUUUUGGUUUUAGGUUCAAAAAUUGCUUUUAAAACCUGGUUCUGUGAGACUUUUUUUUAGCCCUCAUUCCCUUAUUUUUGAAUUGUUUCUUUUAACUGUGUUACCCCUGUCACCAAGGCAACAUGUUUAAUAAUCAGCUGAUGGUGACUGAUUAACCUCACACUAAACAGGUACAGGUGUUGAACUGUGGGGAGACUCCUGGGCGGCUGUGUGUGUGUGUGUGUGUGUGUGUGUGUGUGUGUGUGUGUGUGUAUGUGUGUGUGUGUGGGGGGGUUCUGGAUCUGUGUCUGGGUGGACCCUCAGCCUCCAUGGUGUGGACACUGAGUAGCCGUGUUUUAAGGAGCCAACACACUGUUGGUAUUUUACAGAAAAAAAAAACGGUGUGUGUGAAAGAGAGGGAAAGAGAGAGAUUGUGUAAAAGUGUGUGUGUGAGUGUGUGCGUGCUGUCGAUCAGCCCCUCUUCAGAGCUGUGUUGUUUUUGCAUGCCUAUAUUCUAGCUCAGUGUAAUUCGAUGUGAGUUGCAUGUCUGUAGUUUUCAGUUGUUUAGCUGACUUCUGUCUGUUGUGGCUUUGGGUGCCUUUUGUUUUCGUUCUAUUUGUUUGUUUUCUUCUCUCCUUUUUUCUGUUUUUUUUUUUUUGUUUGUUUUUUUAUGUUAUUUUGUACCUUGUGUGUCCCAGAGGCUGAUGUGUGUUUUUGGGGUUAUUAAGCAAAAAGAAAAGAAAAUGAAAACACAGAUUAUCCUCCCAAAAACAGAUCUGACAGCAGUUAUCAGGUUAAAAACCGCAGCGACGAUGACCCUGUGAAGCCUGUUUUUGGGUGGAUUGUCCCUUUAAAGAGUGCCAACUACAGAUGCCAGUGUUGUACAGCAGUGAAAAUCUCACACUAUUUACUAAAAUAAACCAUUUCUCUGUUUUUUCACUCAA